UUUCACUAGUGUGAAUAAGCUCAAUGUAAAUAAGCUCAACGUACUGAUCAAACUCUUUUCUCUCUCUUUCUUUCUCUUCAAACUCAAUCUUUUCUUUCCUUUGCAUGUGGAUCUGUACUUGUACUUUUCCUUCGGUUUAUAAUAAUCAAUACUUUCAAUUUCAAUUUCAUGUCAUUUCUAAAAUCUCUUUGUGGGCUUUUCUUCUAUUCUCUUGUUUUUUCUCUUCUGGAAUCCCAAUUUUCGAUUUGGGAUCACUAGUUGCGGGAUUUUCUCACAAGUAUGUAAAUUUUUCUUCUUUCUUUGUUUUGGGGGAUAAUGGGGUGUGGCUGUGUUCAGUGAUGGAUUCAAGAAUGUGAUUCUGUCUCAGGAGUAGCUGCGGGUUGUGAUUCCAGAUCUUCUUGUUGCUUUCUCCAAGAUUCAUGGUUUCUUCAGCGAGGAUUGAUCUAUUUUUGAGCAUAUAAACAAAAGAAGUCCUACGUUGAAGGGUUAUUGAUUUUCUAUUUCCCAUUUCCAGUGGUGUUCUUACCUCAAUCUCUUAAUUUCAAAGAGCAUCGCUGAUGAAUUUUGGCUCGUUAUAGAUUCCAGGUUCGUUUGACUUGGAAAUCAUUUUAUUCAGGGACCAUGGAUUUCAUCUUUGUCUUGCAAACUCUGUUAUUAAUCAAUUGCGACUUUUGUUUGCUAUAAUUGUUCCAGGCAUAUUGACAGCCAUGAGUAGCGUGACUAGUGGGGGUGAUGAUCGGAAGAUAUACAGAGGUCGUAAGUCGUCAUCAUCAUUAGAUGAAGAAGCUGGAGUUGGAGGUAACAUGGGAGGAGAAGUUCCUCUAAAGAAAGGCCCCUGGACUGCAGCAGAGGAUGCAAUUUUAUUAGAAUAUGUUAAUAAGCAUGGACAAGGCAAUUGGAAUGCAGUCCAAAAGUAUUCAGGACUUGCCCGUUGUGGGAAAAGCUGCCGUCUACGGUGGGCGAAUCACUUGAGACCUGAUCUGAAAAAGGGUGCAUUUACCCAAGAGGAAGAGAACCGAAUCCUUGAGCUCCACGCUAAAAUGGGGAACAAAUGGGCUCGAAUGGCUUCUGAGUUGCCUGGGCGUACGGAUAAUGAAAUCAAGAACUACUGGAACACAAGAAUCAAAAGAAUGCAACGAGCUGGCUUACCAAUCUACCCUCCGGAAAUAUGUGAGCGGAUACUUAAUGGAAAUCAAGAAAGUAAAAAUAUUGGUCCCUUGAAUAUUGAAGCAUCCCAGCAUGACAAUCUCUCACAAACGGACAAAUUUGGUAUACCAGAAAUGGAUCUGAAGACUGUCAAAUUUCAUCAUGAUCCAUCACAGGUACCAGGAAUUUUUGAUAUGCCUGAAAACAUGUUUGAGCAAAGUUCGGAUUCAUCUUAUUUGUUCCCAACAAUUUAUCCUUCAAAACGUCGCCGGGAGUCAGAAAUUCUAUACAAUAGUUUUGGUAGUUGUACAAGUAAUGCUCUCCCACUAUUUGAUCAGUAUGGCAAUUAUACUGGUGACCAAACUAGGUUCUAUCCUCCUUUUGAUCCUGUUCUUAACACCAGUAAUCAGUUUCAUGGUGAUAACAUAAACGGCAGCCAUGCCAUGUUAAAUGGCAAUGUCUCUUCUUCCGUGCCCUUAUUUGGGGCAAGGAAGUUGGAGCUCCCUUCACUCCAAUAUACAGAAACUCAACAUGGUAGCUGGGUCACACAUGGGUCCCCGCUUCCAUCACUUGAGUCUGUAGAUACCUUGAUUCAGUCUCCUCCAGUUGAGUCUAUUCCAUCAGAUCUCAUCUCUCCACAAAGCAGUGGUUUGCUGGAUGCAAUAGUCUACAACUCGAAGAGCGUGAAGAACUCAAAUACUGAUUUAUUUUUCCCAGUGAUAACCGGUACAUCCAAUGAAGCAGCUGGGAGUUCAACCUUGAAUCAUCCCUAUAAGACAGAAUGGGAUGAGCAAGGGGAAUCAAACUCCCCUUUAGGUCAAUCGGCUGCUUCAGUUAUGACUGACUACACUCCUAUAAGUUCAGUAGAUGGACCCCAAUCAAUUGAAACCACUCAAGAUCAUGAUGAUAAGGACCAAGCACUCACCUGGUUCCCAAAUAGUUCCAGGAAGAAACGAAAACCGGAACAGGUUGAUUUUUCACAGCGUCCUGAUGCUUUAUUUGACUUAGCUUGGUUUGGAAAUAAUACUGACUAUGGAUUUAAUCAAUCUGAUCUAAAAGAUGCUCUAAAUGCACUGCUUGGUGAAGAUUACAGUGGUAACUUUGCUGAACAUAGCAAGGAUAAGCAGUAGCAAGUGGGUUUAUAUGGAUAUAUUGCUGUGACCUUAGUUUAGUGCUUGUUCAUGUUAUAAUUUCAUUUGAUUUUCGUCAACAUUUUUAACACAAUUAGGCCAUUUUUAAAAAAUUCUCGGUGCCCUUUAGAAUAUUGUGUUGUGAUGAUAAAGAUUUUAUGGCACAAGUUUCAACCUUAUCGAUGUUGUUAUGUUGGUAGUAUGCAGUCUCUCUCGUCUUACUUUGCAUGGCGUUGAUA